AUGCGUUUUGCGAACAAGUGCCGCAAAAGGAGUCAAAUUUCACGCUCCUCAAAAAUUCAAGGUCAAGCUUUAUCGGAGGCGGAAUACCGAAACGCACGUCAAUUUUGGUUCCGAGUCAUUCAAGCGGAAACAUUCUCAGAGGAACUUCAGGCACUCAGGAGCAAUCAAUCACUCCCAUCAAGAUCGCCGCUCACAGCGCUGCAACCUUUUCUAGACGAAGAGAAAAUUAUUCGAAUCAGCGGACGUCUCAGACAUUCCGCGCUUUCGUUCGCCGCUAAAAAUCCAAUACUAUUAGCUCCUCAUCCGAUAGUCAAGCUUAUCAUACGACACGCUCACGUUCGAGCGCUACACGCUGGCGUUCAACUGACAUUAGCCACUAUACGCCAAGACUAUCGGAUUCUCCAAGCGCGAACGCAGGUCAAGCAGAUUAUACAUCAAUGCGUUAAUUGCGUAAGAGAAAAGGCCGAAGUUCCCACGCAAUUAAUGGGCGAUCUUCCGCAAACUCGAAUCUCCACGCCCGCUCGAGCUUUCAGCCAUUCUGGGAUAGAUUAUGCAGACCCCAUUUUCACUCGCGCAUCAUCAGGUCGUGGAAUUCCGUCACGAAAAAGCUACAUCGUUCUAUUUAUCUGCCUAGCUUCCAGAGCUGUUCAUUUGGAAUUAGCGAGCAAUUAUUCCACCGAAGCGUUUCUCGACACGUUCUCUCGCUUUUGCGCUCACCGCGGUCUACCGUCCAUGAUGUAUUCUGAUAACAGUACCACAUUCGCGGGAGUCGACACCGAAUUAUCAAAGGCUUACCAGAACGAAAUGCGUAAUUCCGAUUUCCAGAGUAAAAUUGCGACUGGCAAUAUUCGCUGGCAAUUUAUCCCUCCCCAUGCCCCGCAUUUCGGCGGGCUUUGGGAAGCCGGAGUUCGCAGUGUCAAACAUCACUUGCGACGGAUUCUGGGCUCUCAUACUCUAACUUACGAAGAGUUUUUUACUCUCCUCUGCCGCAUUGAGGCCUGCCUCAACUCCCGACCCCCCUAUCAGUCCAUUCACAGAUACUCUAGAUAA